AUGUUGCGGCUGCUUUUUUGGAUCUUCUCGGCCAUCGGCCUUUGGGCGAAUUUUUGGCGAUGCCGAGCGAUACUGUUGUACCCCGAAAAUACCUUGUUUCAGUUUACUUUCGGUAUCUCGAUGCCGGUGGCGAUGACGAAAAGGGGCGGCAUCGCCUUCUCUUCGGGAUUUCAACUCAACUUCGUUCUACCGUGGAACUUGUCGCAGUUCGAGCCGACGAUAAUUCCCGCGAGACACAUCAGGGAUCUCGAUUUACAGGAAACUUACGUCGCCAUCGAGGAUCUUCUGAAUGAACACGGCUGGAGGAACGGCAGGCAAUGCCUUUUGAGGACAAUUUGCGAGCUCGCCGAGACGCCUCUCUACAGGACUCAGCAAGACGUCCUCGGGGAAGUGAUCCACCUAAUUUUAACGCCCAUGGAGGACUUGCCGGUAGCGAUUAAUUCCAGUCACCGGAGCGCCAACAAAUUGUAUCAGGAAGCCGAACGAUUGGGAAAGUCUGGCGGCGAUUGCGUCUUAACGUAUCCCGAUUGCAUCGAGUCGCCGUUGGAAUCGUUUACAGAGAUUGUGUUUCCUUAGUUAAUCGAAUCGUUGAGCCUCUUUAUUCCCUUCAGGAUUAGAAACGCAUUCGAUUACUAUCAUAUCCGUUACUAUGCAUGUUAUCCUUAUUUAUCAUAUUAACUAUGUAAAAAUCUUAAUACGCCAAGCAGUCUUUUCUUCACAAAAUUAUAUUUUCAGAAAAUGAUGUACGACGGAUGAGAGUUUUAUUACGAGAUAAAUCUGAUCUGCACACUCGUGUAAACAUGGUGUUAACAAUAA